CGGUUAGUAUACGUGAAAGAGCUCGGCACGGUCGGUGUUGAUGUGAAAUCGCUCGUAGGAAUUUUUGCCAAUUUCGACGUGUUAUCGGCCGAAAUCCGCAUCGAAAGUGCACCAAAAGUGCUUCGGAACGUGAUUCGCUGCUUGCUGUCGUGAAAUUUGCGCAUUCCCGGGUCGGAAUCGGCGGAAAUUCCGUUCCUAAAAAGUGGUCCCCGUCGAGGGUUUUACUCCGAUGGAUUUCCUUUCGCGAGAGUGACGUUUCUUGGAUUUCGUUUCUCCUCUGCUCGGGUGUGUUUUCUGUGGGUGCAAGGGAGUGUUGUGUGUGUGAGUGCAAGCUUCAGUAUCACACAAACGCAGCGAGAAGAUUCACACUGUCGAAACAGCUCGACAGAGUAGUGAUAAAAAAAAGUAUCGCGGCCCGCUUUGAUUACUGAGUGGGGUGUUGGGAACGGCUCAAAAGUCUGGCGCGGGGAAGGUGAGAUAAGUGCUCGAUUUGCGAGGUGCGGCUGCCCGAAAUUGUGUUGUUUUGUUUUGAUUGAGGCUGGAGUAGUGUUGGUGGUCUAUCGUGAGGAUGAUUAAUCUCCUUAACGGGGCGAGAGUGAAUUGAAGCAAUCUGUUCAGGUCAAAUUGUGUGGCUUCCGUCAAGGGGGUGCUGUUUUGAUAAUGCUGGUGCAGAUCGACUGCCGUUGAUGGUAAUGUGAUGCAUUUUGAAAAUGGCAACAGUGAAUAACCGAAGGCGUGGGGGAACCGGUGAAGGUGUAUUAUCAAAGCUAUCCUGUUCGCGAUCCUGCUGUGGCGACUUUUUUGGAUAUUUGUUGCGGCUAAGAGUCAGUCCAGAGGAGCUCGAGCAGCGUUAUAAAUCGCGUGAAAUUGACAAAUUUUUGGAAAAGGAUAAACAUGCUUUUAGGAGACAGGUCAAGCUGCUGCUGCUAGGUGCGGGAGAAUCCGGCAAGUCCACCUUCCUCAAGCAGAUGCGGAUUAUUCACGGGAUCAAAUUUGAACCCGAACUAGUUAAGGAGUAUCAACAUGUGAUCUAUCAAAAUAUAGUCAAAGGCAUGCAAGUGCUGUGCGACGCUAGGGAUAAGCUAGAUAUACCAUGGGAAAGCCCCACCUCCCAAAUGGCCGCGAACAAGGCGGUCAUGUUCCACGGUGGCAUACUGCUGGACGCCGAGCAGUUCCGCCAGUACGUGCCACUCAUCGCCAUACUGUGGCAGGACCGAGCGAUCCGGAGGGCCUACGACCGGCGGAGAGAGUUUCAAAUUAGUGAUUCUGUUAGUUAUUUCUUAGACGAUUUAGACCGGAUAUCAAGGUUAGACUACGUUCCCACACAUCGUGAUAUACUGCAUUGUCGCAAGGCAACCAAGGGUGUAUUUGAAUUUACAAUUAGAAUACAGAACAUUCCAUUCGUGUUUGUUGACGUUGGCGGCCAGCGGACGCAGCGGCAAAAGUGGACCAAAUGUUUCGAUUGUUCGGUGACGUCGAUUCUUUUUCUAGUUUCGACUUCCGAGUUCGAUCAAGUCCUGGCUGAGGACAGGAAAACCAAUCGCCUGGAGGAGUCGCGGAAUAUCUUCGACACGAUUGUAAACAACACCACGUUCCAGGGCAUCUCGAUCAUCCUGUUCCUGAACAAGACGGAUCUGCUGGCGCAGAAGGUCAAAAAUCCGGACACGGACAUCCGCUGGUACUAUCCGCAGUUCACCGGCAAUCCGCACUCGAUCUUGGACGUGCAGAACUUCAUCCUGCAGAUGUUCAUGAACGUGCGCAAGAAUACCAAAACGCCCAUCUAUCAUCACUUCACGAACGCGGUCGACACCCAGAACAUUCAGGUCGUGUUCAGCUCGGUCAAGGACACGAUCCUGCAGCGGAACUUGUCGGCGCUGAUGCUGCAGUAGUGCAAGGGAUGGGACCUUUUUGUUUGCGCUUUCACAUCGGGUGUGCUUUCUGUUGAUUAUUAUUACUAGCGAGUUAGGUUUCGUCCGUAGAGAACUCCCCAAAGCAUUCGCCACAAGUUUUUGUUGAUUAUUGGUAAACUGCGGAAAGAUGUUUCCUAGGCGCGGAAUGGCAUGUAAGUGCGAUAUAGACGCAUACAAUGGUGUAACUUAUUUUUCUUCCGUUUAUGAUUGUUUUUACGUUUUUUUUCCUCGAGGAGAGAUUUCAGUUUUUCCCUUUCACAAGCAAGUAAUUGAAAAACAUGCGUAAAUAAAAUGGAAAUUAAGAAUUUUCAUAACGGUAUUCAGUAGGCUAAAUAGGGUAGCAAAAACAGUUGAGCUAGUAGUAAGUACUUGUCCAGCUUUGAAGUAAUGAAAUUAAUAUACGAUCGAAGUGAAAACAGAAGAAAAGAACGUAGCACGUAGAACGCAUUUGAAUAGUAGAACAAUACAGUGUAGAAUGUAUGCACAAGUAAAAUGAAAAA